AAUACGCGAGUUAUGAGGUAGCUAGCACCUGCUCGGGGUACAUUUAGUUCAAGUUUUACUUCCCCUCAUCAAAAUCCCAAAUUCCCCCAUGAUCCCGAACACCUAGGCUUGUUAAGUACUUCGAUUACCCCACAUCAACUUCCCGAACGACGCAAUACCCCUGCUUUAACUUGGAUAACCUGACCCUGAAGCUUCCCAACAUGGGCGUUGUUCCUGUCGAUUUGAGAAUGCGCAACUUCACAUUCUCCUUUGCACACUACGAUAUCCAAUUGCACUCCUCCCCAACUUGAUUAUUAGCAGUAAAAUCUUGCUUCAAUACAUCUUCUGGUUUCACAUUAGACAUGCUCACAUAACUAGGCGUUAUAUAUGACUUGGUGUAGCUUACGUCCUUAGCCGACUCAACGAUUACUCCAAUCCUACUUCUCGCUUUUGGACAAUCCAAGAACCUAUCUUACUAGGCCUCGCAAUUCAAAUUAUACGAAAUACAUAGCGCUUCAUUACCAUACUCGCGUUAUCAAGUAGUCUACUAAUUUGGUGUUCGGUAAACCCUCAUCAUGUUUGUGCUACCGCCUCCGCCUAGGUAUCCUACGCAGGCAGCGUAUAAUGCCGCUGUUGCUGCCGGCCAUGCCACGCCCAUGAUCGAGACGAAUAAUAUCUUAUCCAACCCCGAAGACCAAUUCAUAGCUGGAGAGGGAACAUAUGUGCUUAAAGAAGAUCUUCUUCUUGCGACACCACCACCCCACCCGUCGGAAGCCCCAGUUGUUAACCCCAACCCGUUAGCGACGACGCCACAACCAGCUACAACCGGAACCAAGAUCUCUCUCCUCAGUCUAGAAUCUCGAACGCCACCUCCAGCUCUCUUUAAGCUAACCCCGACGACAACUACAUUAUCGCCGAGCAUCGCUGAACACCCGAGCGAAGGACGCUAUUCCAACGAUGCGAAGCUAAGUAGUGAUGGUGAGGGAAGGGGCACAUCUAUGAGCGAAGGAGGGCCGUCGACAUCAGCUACUGCAAUUUCGGCGCCAGCGUUCGGUGACGGCAAUGCUUUACUCGUGCCGGAGAGGACUAAGGACCCCAAUAAGCGACGCAAACCCAAGAAUAACAUGACUAAGAGUAAUUCGUCCUUCAUCUCGCGGGUUAUCAUUAAUGAGGCUUUCUCGAAGAAGCUGGCUGACCGGCAAAGCGAUGGGUUAUUUGCUUUUGCCAACAUCAACCGGGCUUUUCAGUGGCUCGAUCUGUCGUCUCCCACGAAGGCCGAUUACCUAACUAAGAUUUUAUUCACAAAGGCGCAUUGCCUAAGUCAUGAUGUUAACUUAGUUACGAAGAAUUCGAGCCACAUUGAUAUCAUCAUGGGCUUUUCAACAGGCGAGAUCAUAUGGUGGGAGCCUAUGUCUCAGCGAUAUACAAGAUUGAAUAAGAAUGGUGUUAUCAAUAAGACGCCGGUCUCUCAAAUCCGUUGGAUCCCCGGAGCAGAAAAUCUAUUCCUCGCGGCGCAUAUGGAUGGAUCCUUGGUCGUCUAUGACAAAGAGAAAGAAGAUGCGAUCUUUAACCCCGACGAGGAGGAGACCAAGUCUAAUGGGGAGGUCUCAACUCCUAAAGUUGUGAAUCAUUACAAAGCGAUCAAUGUGUUGAAGUCGGUACACUCCAAGAACCAGAAGAACAACCCUGUAGCCGUUUGGAAAUUGUCAAAUCAGCGGAUUAAUGCCUUCGAAUUUUCUCCUGAUAACCGCCACCUCGCGGUUGUAUCGGAGGAUGGCACAAUGCGUAUCAUUGACUAUCUCAAGGAAGAGCUUCUUGGGCUAUACAAUUCGUAUUAUGGCGGGUUUACUUGCGUAUGUUGGUCGCCGGAUGGAAAGUAUGUUCUGACUGGAGGGCAAGACGACCUGAUCUCGAUCUGGUGUCCCUCGGAAACGUCACUCAUAGCGCGAUGUCAAGGUCAUCAGUCAUGGGUUACAUCUGUUGCGUUCGAUCCUUGGAGAUGCGAUGAGCGAAACUACCGCUUUGGUAGCGUCGGUGAAGACUGCCGGUUAUGCCUUUGGGAUUUUAACGUCGGGAUGUUGCACAAACCGAAGGCAACUGCGAGCCGGCAGCGCGGUUCUAUCUCUUCUCGACUCCCUAUAUUACAGCGUGCUGAGACUCAAGGCACAUCGACUAGUAGGUUGCGGUCGGAUUCUGUUGUCUCAGGAGUAGACACGGCGGAAAAUACGAUUGAUCAUCCCGUUCAGCCGCGAUCAAGAACCGCAAUACUUCCACCCGUGUUGACUAAGCUAGCGGACAAGCAUCCAUUAAGCUGGAUUGAGUUCACCGAAGAGGCUAUCAUGACGAGCUGUAAGACGGGUCACAUCAGAACUUGGAGUCGGCCAGCGGACUCGAUAGCUCAAGCAGAAUUGUGAUAUGACAAGAGAAUAUUACUACUGUGGUAAGCUCCGCUUGAAAGCAGAACCUAGCUAAUAUUUGGCAUCUGUAUUCGUUUAAUCGAACGAUUGCAAGUGGCCGCUUCGAAGCGGGAACGCGCAUUGCUGUUAGUCACAAACGAGCGCGAUUUUGUAUUAUCAAGGAAAAAAAACUUCAAGCUGCAUAUGGGGCGAUGUUACGAUAGGAGCCACCAACAAAACGUCAAAAUCUGCAUCCUGCCGUCUCCCGCCCGGAAGAUUCGCCCGGUGGCUUUUCGGUGUUAGUGUGGGACCCCGGCAGUUUUCAAACAAUAAGUGGAUAGGAGAUUAAGGUAGUCAGGUCAAGUCUGCUACUUCAUAUGUAUGAUACGCAUGAAAUCGGCGGCGAAGUUUUGAUUUUCGCGAAGAGGAAGGGAAAGGAAAUGAAAGAGAAAAAAAAAAGGAGGUCUGUGUUGUGACUGCUACGGUGCAGUACGACUACGAGUCGAUACGCGAGAGAUCUACGGUGUGGCGGAAUGACUAGAUCCGGAAAGCCGCUGUGCGUGUCAUUACAGAUGUUAGGAAUGCAUUUUUAUAUGAGGCUCCUACACUACGUACAUAGGUAAACAUUAUGUAUCGUAUGCAAGGAGCUCCCAACGUUUGAAGCAUGUGAAAGGCGUUUCGUUUUAUUGUCAAAUCCUUAUGUGUCUUCUUAUC